UCAGAAAUUAAAAUAAUUACAAAUUAUUUACAUAUUAAAUAUUUAAUGGAAGCUUUAAUACCGGAUAAUAAAUGGUCAAAAAUAAGACAUUCUAGGCAAAAAAGAAUUCUGUGUACUUUUUUAAAUAAUGAAAAUAUUAAAAAUAAAAUAAUUGUUGAUAAUUGUGAAAAUGAAAAAGAAUUGGAAGAGGAAUUUAAUUUAAAAGUUGUUGAAUGGAAAAUAAUUGAAAAUCAAAUGGAAAUAGGUUAG